AAACCCUAUUACAAGAGAGACGAGGCAAGCUUCAGAGCCUCUUUGUGCUACCAAGUGCCAGUACCCACCAUGGCUACCACCAAUCCAGCUCCUACGAGAGUAAGUUCAAAGACGGUAGAAAAAGCUGUGAACGCACUCUUAAAAUGGAAAAACUCCAAAUCCCAAACACAGAAGCCUCAGCUUCUUGAGAAAGACGAUUUCAUCUACCUUAUUUUAACUCUCAAGAAAAUCCCACAAAAUUGUCGCACCAACCCUUACAAAAUCCCACUCCCCCACUCCUUAAUCCGCCAAGAAGACGACAACCCACCUGAAUUCUGCCUAAUAAUCGAUGAUCGUCCCAAGUCUAGCCUCACUAAAGAUGCUGCAUUGAAGAAAAUUAAAAACGACGAAUUGCCCAUAGCCAAGGUCGUUAAGAUUACCAAAUUGAAGACUGAUUAUCGCCCCUUUGAGGCGAAGAGGAAGCUCUGUGAUUCCUAUGAUAUGUUUUUUGCUGAUAAAAGAGUAGUUCCACUCUUGCCUAAGUUGUUGGGGAAGCAUUUUUUCAAGAAGAAGAAGAUUCCGGUCCCGAUGGAUUUGAAGCAUAAUAAUUGGAAGGAGCAGAUUGAGAAGGUUUGCGAGUCGGCUUUGUUGUAUUUGAGAACGGGGACUUGUAGUGUUUUGAAGGUGGGGAAGGUUUCAAUGGGCACGAAGGAGAUUGUGGAGAAUGUGAUGGCUGCAAUUAACGGAAUUGCCGAGAUUGUUCCUAGGAAGUGGGGGAAUGUUAGGUCGUUUCAUUUGAAAAUGUUGGAGAGCUUGGCUUUGCCAGCUUAUCAGGCGGUUCCAGAUAUGAGGUUGAAGAUUGAGGGAAUAAAGGAUAGAGAAGAGAAAGUUGUUGAUGAGAAGGUUGAGAAAGAGAAUGUCAAGGCUGUUGAUGAUGAUGGUAAUAAAAAGAAGUCGAAGAAGAAAGGGAGAAUUCAUGAGAUCAGGUAUAUGGAUAGUAAUAUUGAGGAGGUAUUUGAUGAGGAUGAAUUGGGAAGUGAUGAUGGUAUAGGAGAUGUAGGAGAAAGUGUUGAUGGUGAGGGAGAUUUUGGCGAAAGUGAUGAUGGAGAAGCUGGUGAAAUGGUUAGUGCUGAAAUUUUGAGUAAGAAGAGGAAGAAGGGGGAUAAAGGGAAAGCUGAGAAACUACCGAAGAAGGUAGCUAAGGUGAAAAAAGAUGAUGAUAUUAAGAAGAUGAAAAAGAUGGCUGAUGUCAAGCAAAAGAAGAAAAAGGAAGAAGGGUUGUCUUUAAAGAAAGACUGGGAAGAUUUUAGUGGAAAAAAGGAGAAGAAGAGCGGACUUGAGAAGUUGAAAAUGCAGAAAUGAAGGUGAAGGAAAGAAAGGCUAAGAAACAGGUGGUAGCAUAAUACUUCAUGGUGGCUGAUUGAAGCUCGAGGGAGAGGAUUCUUUGAAUCAUUUACUGCAGGUUGGACUAACAGAAUAGCAAGAAUAGUUGUCUAGCCUUCUGUUAGAUUUUGUUUAAAUUUAUAAAACGGUAUUCAUGUUGUGAUUCUGUUUCAUUAGUUGGUGAAUAUUGAAGAACUUGAAAUUAGGCUAUUGCGAAAUUGGUAUUUUCAUUGUAGAAGCUGUUGAAUUUAAUGUUUUUUAUUUUUUUUAA